AUGAUGUGCGCCAGUUCAUUUCUGCCUCAAAUUCUUCUCCUUCUGAGUUCCCUGGUCGGCUCGACCUUUGCGUUUCAAACUCUCCACGGUGCCGCACUAGUAACAAAGGCAACACCAUGGCUGCCGCAAUACACUACAACGGUUCUCCAUGCCUCGGAAGCAUCCGCCGAAGACGUGGAUAUUGAAGCUUUUUUGGAAGAACGCUACCCGGCCUUUAUGAUGAUCCUGCGCCGCAACGAAAAGGCGUGCAAGAUACUGCGAGAAUCCACCAGUGUUGGCUUCACCGUGUUCGCACCAACCGAUGCCUCCUUUCAAGAGUUGGGUGAAACCAAGUGUGCCCAAUUGACCGAUCCCCGCAACACGGAAACGGCCGAAAAGAUUGGCGCCUAUCACGUUAUUGCGGAACCCGUGUCGGCGACCGCCCUCUUCAAUGCCGGUGGCAUUAUUACCAUGGGUGGAGAAGUCCCCAUUGAUCGCUCCACUUCGGGCGGAUUCUUUGGCGCGUUUGGUGGCAAGGAAGAUGGAGGUGUCACGGUCAAUGGUGCCAAGGUAUUGCAAACCAUAGAGCUGGGAAACAAUGGGAUUGUGCAUGAAACGGAUGGAUUGAUAUCACCCAAUCUAUUGUGGCGGUAUAUGGAUCAAUUGCGCAUACCAGGGUCCAAGUAA